CAAAUACUUGGUAAGAGAUCAUCAUACAGUAAUGCUUACAGAAACAAUAAUUUUGUUUCAAAUAACUGUAUUUCUGUUUCAUCACAUUAGUGUGAGAUGCUGCAAACUCUACUCAUCAUUUUAACUAUGGUUAAAAUGGGAUACUGUGAGAUUUUAGAUCUUGAUGGAUCGACUGGCUUCUCCAUCAGAGUACACAACAAUUUCACUGGAGAGUCCGGCUUGUGCAUCAGAGUACACUGUUCUUUCACUGUUCCUCAAAACAUUCCUAAACCCCUCAAAGGAACCUGGUUCAAAGGAGAUCCACAAAACCCAACUGCCGAAGUUCCUUGUAUUAGCUUUAACAAGUAUUAUUCCGAUGAAGAAGAUUGCAGCUUUCAGCUAGGCAACUUUGUUCAGGGGAAAUCAGAUGAUGAAUACAGAUUCAAAGUGGAGAAUGGACAAGGGAAGAUAUAUAUUUAUCCUCAGACAGUAACAGUUACUGUGAAAUAGCUCACCCAGAAACCAACAAUAAAUGUUCCAGUGCUCACGGCAGGAGAGAUGGCGAGAAUAUCCUGUAGUAUUCCAGAGGAUUGUCUAACACCACAGCAAAAAAUUGUAUGGAAAGGGAUUGAUGAUGAAUUUGUCGUCCAACCUCACAUUUCUGCGGUACCUGGGAGAGCAAAGAUCUUUUCAGUGAUAACUUUUAAUCCUAAACAGGAGCAUCACUAUACUAAGCUCACCUGCAUAGCAAUAUUUGAAGGAAACGUCCAGGCUGAAAGAAGUGUGACCCUGGAAAUAAGAUGUAUGUUUAAUUAUUUUACUUAUACAUUCAACCAAAAAAGUAUUUGGACAUAUUUGGAAACUUUUCGCACAAAUUUCUCUUCAGAUGCCCCUAUAAUCCUGAAUAGCUCCUGUUAUUCCCUGUGGGGUGAUGAAUUAACCUGCGUGUGUGCCAUUACCCCAGAUACACUGGCGACUGUUGAGUUAGCAUCAGCACCAUCUCCAUUUCUGGAUUCAGACCCACCAACACCUCAAUCUAUUGAAUGUGUCAGUAGCAAUGAAAUUGGUGAGACACAAAUGGAAAUCCAAGUGCAAAGUCAGGCUGAAAAAGAAAGUGGGAGUUUGUCUACCCUUUGGAUGUUCUGUACUCUUUCCAUUGUUCUACAUGUCAUCAUCGCUGUCUGUAUGACAUUUGUCAUUGACAUUAGAAGUAGAGAAAAAUGUAAGACACCAAAGGAUGACAACCAUAUCUACAUGACUACACUGAAGAGAGAAGAAUCUCUGUAUGAGACUGUUAACAUGUCUUCAGAGAGUUCUUAAUGGUCUGAUCAACACAUUACUUCUAAAAUACCAAAAAUAUCAAGGCUGUUUAUUAAAUUUAUACUCAGCUAUAUGCAGUCAGAGGCAAAUGGCUUUUUUUCUCUCUUGCAUGGUAGCAUAUUUUGGAAAAGUUUAGCAUGUAUGUAAGGACAUGCUAGUGUUCCAAAACUUCAGAAUUGUUUGACAAUAUAAAUGUAAUUUUUUGUACAGUAUGUCACUUAGAAUACAAUGUUUUUUUUAUCUCAUGCUCUCAUUGCCAAGAAAAUAUUUUGAUGCAGCUAAACACAGCUAAUAGAUAAAACUUCAAAUUAUAAUUUUCAAAUUUACUCUGAAUUCCACUCACUACUACUUCUGCUACCUACAACAUUUAUUUAAAACAUUGACUGUGUGGACAUUUAUUUAACUGUAAACAAAUUAUGAAACUUUUUUUUUUUUUUUUUUUUUUGGAUGCAGCAAUAUCAGCAAAAUGCUUUGGAAAUAGAGUUUCUUGUUGAAUCAGAAGGAUGGCAUGAAAAUACAAAUACAACUAAUUAAAGGGAUCAGUUCACUCAAAAAUGAAAAUUCUCUCAUCAUUUACUCACCCUCAUGGCAUCCCAGAUGUGUAUGACUUUCUGUCUUCUGCUGAACACAAAGAUUUUUGGAAAAAUAUUUAAUCCCUGACAAUGCAGGUGAAUGGGAACUAAAAUUUUAAAGCUCCAAAAAGCAUAUAAAAGGAGCAUAAAAUUAAUCCAUAAUCCAUCCAACAGUGGUUAAAUAUACACUACUAGUCAAAAGUUUUGAAACUCUUGACUGAAAUGUUUCUCAUGAUCUUAAAAAUCUUUUGAUCUGAAGGCGUGUGCUUAAACGUUUGAAAUUAGUUUUGUAGACAAAAAUAUAAUUGUGCCACCAUAUUAAUUUAUUUCAUUAUAAAACUAAAAUUUAAUAAAAAUAAAAAAUAAAAAAAAACAGAAAAGUUUUAGAAAUUGAUGACUUGGACCAAAUAAUAAAGAAAAGCAGCCAAUAAGUGCCCAACAUAGAUGGGAACUCCUUCAAUUCUCCUUCAGUUUUUUAAAAAGCAUCCCAGGGUGAUACCUCAAUAAGUUGGUUGAGAAAAUGUCGAGUACAUGUCUGCAAAUUAUAGGCAAAGGGUGACUACUUUGAAGAUGCUAAAAUAUAACACAGUUUUGAUUUAUUUUGGAUUUUGUUUAGUCACAACAUAAUUCCCAAAGUUCCAUUUAUGUUAUUCCAUAGUUUUGAUGACUUUACUAUUAUUCUAAAUGUGGAAAAAAAAAUAUAUAUAUAUAUAUAUAAUAAAGAAUAAGUGUUUCAAAACUUUUGACCGGUAGUGUAUGUCUUCAGAAGCGAUAUGAUCGGUGUAGGUUAGAAACAGAUCAAUUUUUAAGACAGUUUUACUAUAAAUUCUCCUCUUUGCCCAGUAGGUGGCGAUAUGCACGAAGACUACUAAUUGGCAGAAACAAAAUAAGAAUAAUGUUGAAUGUGAAAGUGGGGACUGAUCGUAAAAAAGGACUUAAACAUUGAUGUUUCUCACCCACACUCAUCACAUUGCUUCUGAAGAUAUGGACUUAACCACUGGAGUCAUAUGGAUUACUUUUAUGCUGCCUUUAUGUGCUUUUUGGAACUUCAAAAUGUGUGUUACCCAUUCACUUGCAUUGUUUGAACCUACAGAGCUGAGAUAUACUUCUAAAAAUCUUUGUUUGUUUUCAACAGAGAAAGAAAGUCAUACAUCUGGGAUGGUAUGAGCGUGAGUAAAUGAUUUUGGGUGAACUAUUCCUUUAACCUGUUUUAAUUUGUGUACUUUAUUUUUACUUUAAAAAAGAAUGACAUCAUUUGAGGCUGGAGAAUUUUAUUAAACAAAAUGAAAGAGAGCAAAGAACAAUUUAAAUUAUUAUGAAUGGACUGUGCUAAUAUAAAAUAAAAGAUCAGAGAUUCUUUUCUGCAUUAUUAUGUCAAUGAAGAAACAAAAUUACUUUGUUCAUUAUUAUUGGCAUCACACAGUCAGAUACAUACAAAUAUUCUUUACAACACUCAAAGUGUAAAAUUAGACUUACAAAUGUGCCCACAAAUCUUUUUGCUUACAAAUAAAUAAAGACUUGUAAAGUAUACACUUGCACUUGUGUAUAUAUAUUCAAACAUAGACAGUUUGUGUUACUUAUUGUAUAAGCACAUAUAAUGUCAUUUUGUGUUUGAUUUUCUGCAAAAUAUACACCAUUGCUGCACAAUGUAUGUUCCUUGUUGUGUAGUCAAAAGGUUCACAACACAGAGAACUAUAUAUCAUGCAGAGUAUUUACAUAAAUCGGUAUCCUACCAAGGUGCCUAAUGCCUUAUGAAUGUAAGAUGUGAUUAAUUCAAUAUAAUUAUGACUCAUUAAUUUGUUAGUCAAAUUGUAUUUCAAGGUCUGAAUGCAUAUGCUGACCAUCUAACUAACUUCUAAGCAAAUGAACUCAACCUUGCCAGAAGAUUACAUGAUUACAUAAAACAUUACAUAUAUUUCAAGCACCUUGGGUAGAGAGAUACCUUCUUAUAUGUUCCAAAUGGUGUUUAUUUCUUGUUGUUUUCAUAAGAUGAGAUGAUAACUUUCAAUUGCUACAAUGCUCAAUCAGUCUUAGCUUAUUUCAUUACUCAAUAUGACUUUCUAUUGAUAUGAAAUCUCAGUUUUACCCCAUUAGAUUGCUGUGUGCACCGAGGCUGGGAUGGCCAUCAAAUUUUAUGCUUAUCCUUUUACUUCCUAUCAGAUUAUUAGGCCAAUUUUGCUCCUUGGUGUACAUACUGUAUCUAAGAAUUUGAGUAGUUAAAAAAACAAACAAACAAACAACACAAAUGUAUGUCUGAAUACAUUUGUGCCUGUUAUAUGUGUGUAAUCUGAUCAAAAAAGAAAAAUAAAUAGAUUUGUUCAGAAGUUUGAAAAAAAAAAUACAGUUUCUGGACUGUUUUCAGUGACUAAUGUGAAUAAAUAAAUAUCAAAAUGUGAAGUAAAGAUACAGUGUAUCAACUUAAACCUAUACUGAAUCUCAAGAACACUUUAGUAAACACUUUGAUUGGGAGGGGAGUGAGGGAUAUGAAAACGUUUGCGGUCUUGCUGUAUUUGAGACAGCGUUUAUCCCCCUCAAACAAUGCCAGUGUUGGGGAUAGUGCUUAUACAUCGAGGCACAAAUGCUGCCUCGUUCCCUGAUGCUUCGACUAAAGAGGACACAAUGAAAAGGACCACUAGUAACUAAGACUCACCUGUAACCAAAACCAUUUUCUCUCCAGCUUUCGUCAAACUGUAAGAGGCCAUUCAGACUGAAUGCAUUCAUCGAAACAGUCAAAGACGUCUGUUUAGUGCAUGUUUACAUAGAAAAACUAUUUUAAAAAAGUAUGCUGACGAAUGCAAAAAGGUGUGAACGGCCCUUUAGAAGGGCUCUAUCUCUUGGAAAAUAAACCCUUCCUUUUGAAUGCUCUUGAACUAAGUUAAUAUGAUUACCUCUAAUUUCUGAAGGUAUUCCUUCAAAAGAACAAGAAGAAAAAUAGAGAAAAAUAUAUGGCAUGGUUGCGGUCAAGAAUGGUUAUAAAGGUUUUAUAUAUAUAUAUAUAUAUAUAUAUAUAUAUAUACAGCUUUGGAAAAAAUUGAGAGACCACUGCAAAAUUAUCAGUUUCUAUGGGUACGUGUUUGAGAAAAUUUUUUGAACAUUUUUGUUUUAUUCUAUA